GCGCUUUGAAGCUUUUUAGAACGCGGGUUUGUUGUUGGAAAAUUUUAGGAGAUGAGAAUAUCACGGUUUAAGAGGUUGUUUUCUCUGUCUCGCUUCUUUCCCGAUGAUCCUCCUGCUAGUUACAUCCAACGAACAUUGUUUCGGCUCCCAUUUCCGGAGGAGGGGGGCUGUAUUUCGAGGCGUAAGAGGGAAUGCAGUCCAAAGGAGAAGAGAGACUGCAGUUUCCCAAAAGAGCCCAUUUCAAGGACUACAUUAAGGCGAAAGCCAAGCUUAAUGGAGCAAGUUUAUGAGUCCAUACCGAGAUAUCCUGAAACCUCAAAGAAUCUGAUAAAGGUGGAAGAAGGCAUGGUUGUGGACGCUGGCUCUAUUCUAUCCAUGUUCCCUAUGGAGAUGAGAAGGCGUGUCCGUGACAGUAAAUACCUUAUUGUGUAUUGUUUCAUGGCACCAAUACUUUUUGAUGAUUGUCAGUCGAGGUCUAUUGGGAGUUUUGUUUCUGUAAGUUCAGAGUUGCGCACUCUGUAUGGUUCUGACAUUGAGAUGAUACUGGUUGCUAAGAUGAGACAAAAGUGGAGCAAGGAUAAGGCUAGCUUCGACCACUUCUUCUCUGGUUUCCCUUCCUUCUCCAAUGUCAUUCCAUUCUCAAACACGACUGCUCAUGAUCAUAUAUGUUUGCAACUUGGUUUGAACUCUUACUUCCCCAUAUAUCUCCUCCUUGAACGUUUCUCUGCAUCUACAAAUUACUUUUACAGGGGCUUGAGGCACCGUGCUCUUAAAGAUUUUGACUAUUACGGGGCCGGUUUGUUUCCCUUCACUCAAGACAUUCUCGAAAACUGGCGUAUAUUCCGUGGAUCCGUGUAUAGGAAGUUCCCUCCUGAUCUUGACAAACUUUUGGGUUGCAAGUCCUCUGAAUUGCAAGUCUGUAAGUUUUCCACACUUACGGGUGGUGGAUGAGGAGCCGGAGCUGAGUCGAUGGCAUUAUCAGGGUUAAGAGGUAAGGUUAUGGGGCUGUACUUGUGCUCUAAUGGGUCUAUAAUUCCAGAUAUUGAUAUGGUCUGUAGACAAUGUAGGGAGAGAGGCUUUGAGUUUGAGGUAACUGUGACAUUAUAAGAGUGUAAGUGGCACAACUUCGUGGGAGGAUUGUUCUCGUUCAGUUUGGCACCAAUAACAUUUCUUUUGAGUUUUUAAACAAUUAUUAUGCUCACAUAAAGGGUGCAUAUCCUAGCAUCGAAAUUGUCCUGGUUCAUUUACACCCUGAAGAGGCAACAAAGUUUGACGUUGGUGCAUUUGAUUUGCCAUGGUUGGUGUGCCCUUUUGAGUCAGAUCACUCAACUUCCUUAUCCAAGGUAUUCGGGUGUGGUUUCCCAAUCCUCAUUGCUUUUGACAAAGAUGGUCGUGUUUGUUCAUAUCAUGGAGUUCAAGAACAAUUAAUGUCAAACAAUGUUGACGCUUUUCCUUUCGAUGGCAAUCUACGCCAGGGAGUCGUAGCUUUAUUGGCUGAUAAUAGUUAUAAUAAUGUUCCAUGAACUUGUACUGACUAGUAAUUAUAAUCGUGAUGAGUAUAAUUGGAGGUGGUAAUUGGUUUAUUUAAAGACAUUGUUUUUAUGUUACUCUUUUCAAUGACA